AUGGCUUCCAAGAGAAUUAACAAGGAAUUGAAGGACUUGCAGAAGGACCCUCCAGUAUCCUGCAGUGCAGUUCCUGCAGUAGAUAACGUUUUCCAUUGGCAAGCAACUAUCAAGGGUUCAGCAGAUAGCCCAUAUGCCGGAGGUGUUUUCGUGGUAUCCAUACACUUCCCUCCUGAUUAUCAAUUCAAGCCUCCCAAGGCUUCCUUCAAGACAAAAGUUUAUCACCCAAACAUAAAUAGUAAGGGUAGUAUCUGCCUUGACAUUCUCAAGGAACAAUGGAGUCCUGCACUUACAAUUUCAAAGGUACCCAUUUUGCUUAUUGACCCUCUUUUAACAUCAUAUUAUGUGUUAUUGUCAAUAUGCUUACUGCUCACAGAUUCAAACCCUGACGAUCCUUUGGUGCCUGAGGUUGCUCAUGUUUAUAAGACUGAUAGAUACAAGUAUGAGACUACAGCUUGA